UGGACUUUCAGUUAAAAACGAGGCAUUUCAAACAUGUUGGAGAAUAACACUGACAGUUUCUGUAAAGUUCUAGGAGUUUGGAACAAAGCGUUGAAUGUUCUGAACUGUGUGAUAGCUUUAGAUAGCACCAGCUCCAGCACAAAAGUAACAGUUUUGCAAGAAAGUAUCAUUGUUACCCAGCAUGGACGGAGGGCAAAAUUCAAUCUUCCAAACAUCUCCGUAUUACCAUACUCCUGCAGGGGGCUCAAGUUACAUGAACACUCUGGAGAAAUUGAGUUUAGCUUUGAAGGCUCUCACCAUAAUUUGAGGUCACAAGAAAAUGAAAUGACACAGAAGAAGUACUCUCGGCAAACAGAGAUGGUGGACCGUAUCAGUCACCUACAGAACAGAUGGUUUUGUGCAACUUGUCAGCAGAAAAUCCUCUCAGAUCUGUGUCACUUCAACAGAGUCCUGCCUCUACCAUCUGAAAAUUGGUCAGACCUCGCUGACAUUUGGUUUUGUCAUAACCAUUCUAAGGUCACAGCUAGCUCUGAAAAGACUGGUGAUGUAAAUACAAACACCUGCAACUCAACAAAUGGUGUUGUCCCUGGUAACAUGAAGCAGAAACUAUUACCGGGCAACAAGGAAUGUUUUGUUGGGGAAACAUAUGUGCUGGUUGCUAGGCGAUACGUUGCUAAGGGAAGUGUCAAGGUCACUGCAGCAGGGGAGGUCACUUGUUUCAGGUGUAAAAGGCAGCUUGGGGUUGCUAUGGACACAGAUAAAGAUGAGUACAGUCAAGUGAUUAAAUUCUUCCUGCAUACAUUCUUCAUCAAAGAUUUCUCCCGUGAAAGCUUGACAAACACAGCUAGUAUAGGACACAGAGUUGACCUGGAUGGCUACUUCAGCAACCUCAUUCUGGAGCAGAGCCAGUCGUACAGCAGCUUCCGGUUUCUUAUGGAGUCAGAACCCGAUACACAGGGGAAAUCGACCUGCCUGCUUUGGUUGUUGGACUCUUGUGUGAGGAUGUAUACAUCAGCCAUACAGGUCAAGGGAGAAGAAGGGAUACUGGAGGAGAGAAAUGUUGUCAAGUUUAUGUUCAAGUGCCAGCUGGCAACAUCUAAUUCUGAUAGACCAGUUGACUAUGUGACCAAGUCCAUCGUGUCAAUGUGGAGACGAGACGACACAGUCCACGGUGUAACAUUACCCCACCAGGUGUUUUUGCAGCUAGUUCAGCUUCUUGUACAUAACUGUAAGGUGCUGCCACAGUCUCAGAGGUUUCUUAAUGGCUUUCAUGUAAGCUUCCUUAAGCUAGAAUCACCAACCUGAAGACGUUUCCUGAGAAAAGAUGGAUGUCCGGAUAAACACUGACGAGUCGUGGAUCUGAGCAUUCAAAAAAGGCAGUUGCAGGAAUGGCUUAUAACUAGAGAUGCCACUUCCAACAGUUGCAUAUGAAGAUGAAAUGUAGAACAUUCUGCUCAGUAACUUUUUGUAUGGAAGUCUGAUUUCAUACAAGUGUCAAAAUAUAGAUAAACCCGAGCCAUUCGGGUUUGAUUUUUUUCCUGAAAUGUUUCAUAUACAGUUGCUGUAAAACAAAUUCUUAAACUUUCUAUACUAUUAUAAGUGCAAUGAGUUUAUGUGUUCAUUCUGUUGUCUUGUUUUUGAUAAAAAUAUUAAACAAAAUUCCCCAAAUGGAUCAAAUAUC